GACCAGGAGGAGUCGAACAUUAACUAUGCUCUUCCAGGGCACCCUGCAGACUCUGCUGCUGGGAACAGCGAGGGAGUGCGGCUGCUGCUGGGAUGACGUGAACGCCAAACAGGAGUCCAUCACAGGUCGACUGCAGCUCCUUGUCUCAGAGUGGGAGGGAUUUGGAGCACAAAGGGAGGAGCUUGUCAUUUGGUUGGCUGAUAUGGAUGUCCACCUGAGUGAGGUUGACCAGCUGACAGGAAACACCUGUGAAAAACUGAAACAACUGCAGGUGUGUGGUUGUUUUGAUAUGACAUAUAUUUAAUAUGAGACAUUGUCCUAAACUGGACUAACAAAAGACAAUGAGUCCAACAUGAAACUUGUCUUACAUAACGCUGAAGUUCAUUAAUCAUUUUAAU